AUGGAAAAGUUUCAAGAUUGUGCAGAUCUUUAUGAUACCUUGUAUACCCUUAGUGUCGAACAAGAUAUUGAAUCAUUAUUUCAGAAAAUCCAAGAUAUAUUAAUUGAAAAACAUAAAAUUCCUACAAGUUACAUUAUAAAAUCUCUUAGUAAUGCAUCACUGUACCACGAAAUUGCAUUGCCGGUUUAUUGGGAACUUGCUAAAAAAAUAUACGAAAUUAAUACACCUUUUCUUAAACCUUCUGAUUUUUCUUCCAGAUUUAAAGCACUUCUUUGCAAACAAUAUAAUUUCGGCUGGACAAUACACUCAUAUAAAAAUCUAGAAAUUGAAGAAAUAUUGCAUCCAUUCAAAGACAAUGAAAUCAUGCAAUCAAUCAUGUCUGGUGACAUUGAAGAGUUUCGAAAGCUAGCUCGGUGUGAAAACUUUGAUAUUAAUGCACAUUUUGCUCUUAGUAAAUACGUACAAAGAAAUUUAAUCGAAUAUUGUUCUUAUUAUGGAUCCCAGAAAAUUUUCAAGUUUUUGAUUUCAAAUGGAGCAAAAAUCACUGAAAAAUGCAUGGAAUUGAGUUUUCUAGGAAGAAACAAAGAUAUUCUCACAGAGAUAAUCAAUGCAUCUGGUUUCCAGUUCAAUAAUAAUUGUUUGAUUAAUUCAAUUAUUUCUCAUAACAUUGAUUUAGUUAUUUUCUUGAAAAAUAAUACUGAUUUGACUUAUGACAUUAAAUAUCUAUAUCAAUAUAACAAUUAUAGAUUGUUUUUCAUAGAUAUUGACAAAAACAAAAAUGAUUAUUAUUAUUUAUCAAGAUUAUUUACAAUUUCUCCCUAUUUCUUUUUAACAGAACUUGUUGAUUAUAUUUAUAACAUGUUCUUCGAGCAUUGCAAUGGAUAUCCCUUUGAUAUUAAUCUAAUAAACGAUGAAUCAUUAUCGCAUAAAAAUAUUAUUCAUUCAGCUGCUGAAUGUAAUAAUUUAGAAAUUGUUAAAAUGCUUCUUGAUCUUGGAGUUGACAUAGAUUUAUGUGAUGAUGAUGGUUGGUCACCUCUUAUUUAUGCAGUUUAUUAUAAUAGCUAUGAAAUUGUCGAUUUCUUGAAUUCCCGAGGUUGUAACAGAAAUAUUAAAAACAGCAAUAAUGAAACAGCAGAUGAUUUUGCAAAAUAUCUAAGUAACAAAGAAACUCUUGAAGUCCUCAAAAAGCACCCAAGAAAUGAUUAG